AUUUUUAGAGGUUUUAUUCGAUACUCAGUCAUCUCGUGUAAGCGCAUCAAGAAAUUUAUCACGUUUUUGUGUUCAUAGCAGUCAUAUCAGUGGUUGUAUGGUUUCUUUAGGAUGCGGAGUUUUAUAGCGUAGGAAUUUGUUGACUUGUGGCCGUAGCGGCAGCUGAUACGCUUCUCGGAUCCGGUUACAUUCUUCCGCGCUGUACCGACCGAAAGAAGCAUGAUAUGUGCAGCGGUGUCUAUGGCAUGUUCUGUACUGAAAUGACGGUUUAUUUUCGUAUCAAUGUUACCGGCCCCGCUUUGCAAGUGAGGGCCUACAGGUAAUGCGUAUUGUUUUAUCAUCGAGACACCGCACAGGUUUGGAUAGCUAUCGGUACAACUCUGGCUCAAAACAAGCUGCGCGGCGAUUUUCGUUUUUUUUUUGAAGUCAUAUUCUGUUCACUUUGAGGCUCAAAUGAUUACCGAACCUCAGGCGCACAACUGAUGAAGCGUUCCUCGGCUCCCAGCGCUGUUUGGAAGAGGAGAAAAUUGGAAAACGCGGACUUAUUUCCCCUGAAUGGCGGACAGCGUGACAACGUGAACCACCUCGAUGUGUUCAAAAUAGCUGCCACAUUGUCCGAAGAAUUAAAUGGCUCGUCCAAUGGGAUCCAAUCCGAAGACUUUUCCCAAGACAUAAAAAAGAAUUUCGUCAUGAACGACGCCAACAGUGAGCUUUGCUUCGCUAUUAAGUACAAGAAUAUGAACAAAACAGCUAAGACCAACUUGUCAGGCGAUGGUACAGUUUUUUUUGACGUCACCGACAUUUCCUUGGCCGUACAUGCAAUGCGCACCGCGGUUCCUCGCUAACACCGUCCUUUUGCGUGGGUGCAAGGAAUUAUUGUCGUGGGAUAUUCCGUCGUGACUUUGUACAACAUGGAAGGGAAGCAAAUCGGCUCCUUGGAGAUUGAGCGGUCUCCUCACGUAACCGAGUAUGAGGAGUUCGAGGAGGGAGAUGACGAGAAGCAGAGCGUGCUCAGGCGGGUUCACAAGCGUGAUCGCGAGCUCUACAUAUAUCCUGGGAAUUCGAUUGUUAUUUCGACUCAAGUCGUACAAAUUUGUUUCCGCGUGAGCUUGGACGAGUUCAAGACGGGCGCGUUUUUCCUUCGGACACCGGAGGAGCUUAGGAAGAGGUCGACGAGCGUGAAGAAAAAUGGGUACAUAUCCAUGUCUACGAAGCGACCCACCGGAUGGAUCCCGCCAUGGAAGACGAACGCGCCGACGGCCAGGCGCGAGAAGCUGACUGAACCGCUCUUCAACCCCAACGACCCCUCGGCCGUGGUCCUUUAUAGACCCUGCGAUCCGCUCAAGAAGGAGGUUGCCGUCGUCGUCGACCCUGUCAUUGGGAAGUGCCUUCGUCCGCACCAGGUGCAGGGAAUUCAGUUUUUGUACGACUGCGUGAUGGGGCAUCGCGGCUACAAGGGCGAGGGCUGCAUUUUGGCCGACGACAUGGGUCUGGGGAAGACCAUUCAAGCGAUUGGUCUUGUUUGGACGCUUUUGCACCAGUCUCCGUCUGGCGUGCCUGCAGUGAAGAAGGCGGUGAUCGUUGCACCUUCUUCUCUGGUUGGCAACUGGUGCAAGGAGUUCAAGAAGUGGCUGGGCGCGGAAAACGUCGAUCCCGUUCCCUUGGGCGAUUCAGACAAGAAGAAAGCGAAAUCUUCUAUUGCGACUUUUAAAUUUUCUCAUGAAGUUCGCCAGAGCAUUUUGGUCGCUUCUUACGACCAGCUUAAAAUCUACAUCAAGGAAAUAUCAGCAAUCAAAGACAUAGGAUUGGUGAUAUGCGACGAAGGUCACCGACUAAAGAAUUCCCAGUCUAAGACUAGCAUUGCCGUGAACAUGCUUCCGGCGACCAAGAGGGUGAUUUUGUCCGGGACGCCCAUACAAAACGACCUCGAGGAGUUCCACGCAAUGGUCUCUUUUUGUAAUCCGGGGAUUCUGCGCGAUGUUGGCGUGUUUAGAACUGUGUAUUCGGAGAAAAUAUUGGCCAUGCGCGAGCCUGAGGCGACUGCGGAAGAAAGAGCAAUUGGACGCGAGCGCGCGCUUAAUCUCUCCAAACUUACUUCUGAGUUUAUUUUGAGGCGCACAGCCAACGUCAAUCGCAAGUAUCUCCCGCCGAAAGUGGAUCACUUGGUCAUCUGCAAGCUGAAACCUCUCCAAGAAGCCAUUUACAAGCACAUUUGCGAAGCCAUCAACAGGGACGAGCUCGCGUCUCUGUCGAAGGACGGGAAGACGAGCGCCGCAUCGGGCGGCGGGUGCACGGCCCUCGCCAACAUCUCCGACCUGAAGAAAGUCUGCAACGACCCGAACCUGGUUCGCGAGACGUACGGCCAUCUGUUUCCCCCUGACUUCGGAAACGACUCGACCAAGUUCGCCGUCAAGCUGAAGUUUAUCGAAACGCUGCUAACAGACCUGAGGAACAACGGGCGCGAUCGUAUUGUGAUCGUCUCCAACUACACACAAACGCUCUCCGUACUAGCCAAUAUGUGUGCCAGCCACAACUGGGGGUAUUUCCAAUUGGACGGGAGCACCGUUGUUGCGAAGAGGCAGAAACUGGUUGACAUGUUCAACGAUCCCCUGAGGGAGGAAUUCAUUUUUUUGCUGUCGUCGAAGGCCGGCGGGUGCGGGCUGAACCUGGUGGGCGCCAACCACUUGGUGCUCUUUGACCCGGAUUGGAAUCCCGCCAACGACCUGCAAGCGAUGGCUCGAGUUUGGCGCCCCGGACAAACCAAAAAAGUCUACUUGUACCGCACGUUGUGCACAGGAACCAUCGAGGAAAAAAUCUUCCAAAGACAAGUUGCCAAGCUCUCUUUGGCCGACUCCGUGGUCACGGGCGACGCCGAUUCCGUACCCGAUUUCAACACGAAGGAUUUGAUGGACAUUUUCACUUACAGAGGACAAGAAACGAAUAGUGACACGCACGACCUCUUGAACUGUCGAUGCAGCAAGGACGCAAAGAAGAUUCCCUUGCACAAGAGGCAAGCUGCCAAAGUGGACGAGCUGAGAAACUGGGUACAUUAUGACGACGUCUCGCGCAUCAAGGAACACAGUCUAUUGAAGAGCUGUCAGGGAGAGAUCAGCUUUGUUUUUUUGAAAGAGACGGACCCUUCUAAGGCGACCGACAUGGAUGAUUUGGAGCAGGAGGUUUCCGAGGUCGCAGUCAACUUUGCCUCUGUUGAGGAAGAGCAAAUUACAGCGUAGAGAAGUCUCACUCGUACAGACGUUUAUAAUGCUUUUAUUAUAUACAACUAUGUUAUAUAUGUAUCAACGAUUGCUGCGACUCAGAGGUGGGUAUUUUUGCUGGGGGCCGAUCGCUCUCGUCAAGCGCGCGCGCCCUUGGAGGGGGACGGAACGGGAGGCACGGCGUAAAAGUCAUAUUAAGUCAUAUUAGUACAUCCAGAGUGCCCACCUAAUUGGCUUCAUCGGGUAAGGUAAUAUCCAAACUCGUUGUUUCGAUAUCGCUGUACCCUCUGGGAUUCGAUAUGAAGGGAGUAAUGUAGUUUUUGUCUAUGACAUGCCAAUAGUGGUAAAUCUUCAUCUUAGACAUCUCGGAUGUGUACGUUUCGUCAUCCCGCUUCAAGACAUUAGUUAACUUUACGAUCGGUAGAGUCAGCAUUCCGUGAAGCAGAAUGGUGAAUAAAACACAAGCGUGAACGGU